AUGGCGACCUCGAAGCUGCAAGCUCUAUGGAAUCAUCCCGCUGGCCCUAAAACCACUGUUACAGCAACUGGAGUAAUAUGGUCCCGUUAUAGCACUGUUAUUACCCCUAAAAACUGGAAUCUUUUUAGUGUAAACAUUGUGAUGGCUGGCACGGGCAUUUACCAGCUUGCACGUAAAAUCCGGCACGAUUAUUUCAAUGAGGAGCAAACUGUUGAAGCCAAAGAAUGA